AAACUAUGAAAACUGCGUGUAUUGCACAACAGUCUGUGGAACCUUCUCUUUUCACUUUUCGUGAAUUACUUAUCUUGUGAACCUUAUACUUAAUAUCAGGUUACAAAGCCACUGUCUACAGGUUACGUUCAGCGUGUGCCGUAGUGUUUCAUUGAAUGUACAUGUGUCGUGGUGAGGUGUGGAGGAAGAGACCAGUAAAGCUUAAAUUCAGACAUGUUGGUGAAGGUGAAUCAGGGUCAUGACCUUAACCACACACUCACCUGGCUGGGACUCAUCAAGGACUGCAACACCUGCUCAUUGUGCAAUAAAAGUGUGCCAUAUGAAUAAGCAUACGUGCUGAAUAAUGAUGAUUAUUUACUAGCUAUACACGGUAAAUUUGCAGUUUCAUCCCCUUCCCUAAAUCUAAUGGACUCCCAUAAGAAAAGGGACUAAAUGGGAUGAGAUGAACAUCCUGGCAACACUUCAUCCAAAGGACAAAGACUAUGGUCACAUGAAGAUUGACGAGCCUAAGACACCAUAUACAAAGUACAAUGAAGGUCAUUCUGAUGAUGAGCAGGAUGGGCUGGAUGCUGAUCUUCUGGCAAAAAAAAUUCAGCUGGGAGGUAAUGAACUUCCCAAGGCAUUAGUGGAGCCUGAAGUGGAGGAGGAGUUAAGUGAAGAAGAAAGUGCAGAAGAAAAAGAGAAAAGGAAAAUUUUUGAAAUGAAGAGAAAGCAACAUUACAAUGAGUAUUAUGCUGUAAAACUUGCUCGAAAGUUAAUGGAAGAUGAUUCUGAAGAAGAUGACGAUGAAGCAGAAGAGGAUGAAAGCAAAGAAUCUGCAGGUAAAGAUGCAGUGAGUACAAAUGAUGAGAGAGAGGCAAGCAUGGAAGAAGUUGUUGAGGAUGGAAAGGAAAUUUCAGGAAGUCAUAGUGAAGAAAUGGCAGUGAACGAUGAACAAGAAGAAAGUGGGUUAAGAUCAUAAAGUCAUGUAUAAAGAUGAAAGAAAGCUGUGUAAUUAAAGUAGCUGUAGCUCCUACAAAAAUAGCAGUCCUUGCAGUUAUACAGUUACCAUUAUGAACACUGCUCAUAUAGUUUAGUCUCCAUCAAAGGUAGAGAUUAGCUUAUCCAAACCAUCAUUUGAUACUGCAUCUAUUUUUUUCUCUCUCUCUCUGUCUCAUAGGUCUCAGCAGAAGGAUCCGCUGUCUCAUUGUAUAAAUUAUUUUCUUCUGACUAACUUUGCCCUUCAUUUUGUAUAGUCUGAAAAGAACUAUUCUUAGUAUAGUUUCUUUCAAUCAUUUCCAUAAACAUAACAUUGAAUCACAUAUUAGAAAUGCAGCUAGUCGUCAAUUUACUUAUUGCUAAAAAAUUCCUGUAAUGAUAGUGUUUGUAAGUUAGUGGAAUAUAUUUCAGUAAAAUUUAUACUUGUCCAAAUUAUGUUUUAAACUUUGAUGACAGAUUAUCAGAGUAGCAGGAAAAGCCAUUGUUGCACCUGCAUGCAGACAAAUUCCCACCUGGAUCCGUCUUGUAAUUUGCCUUGUCAUUUAUAUCUAAUGCUUUUCUGUCAUUCAUUUUGGCUUUAUUAAAUCCUGUACUAUGACAGAAGUCAUUCUAUCAUUGAAUACAGUGUUUUCUUUGGUAAUGGUCAUUGUAUUUGAUGCCUGACAUGCCUUGUGGAACCACACUGCAAGAGAUAGCUUUGGCAGCAAUUAUACCAGGAUCCUUGGUCAUCACAUUCUCAUUCAUGCAACAUUACACCACUUUUUCUAUCAAUACUAUCCAUGCAUAUCAACUGUCAAACUGUCAUCUCCUUGUACUAAAAAGGUUCUUCAUUUGUACACUUCUUAACCAAACGUCAGCAAUUGGGGCAUUCGCUGUGGUCUGAAAAACAAUUUCCAAAUCUCCAGUCAACUGAAUUGUACACAUAAAAGUUGGUCAGCUGGAAAAAGAUAUUUGUAUCAUAUGUGUGUUAUCAAACCUACUAAUGGAAUAAUAAGAACAUUUAAGCCACCAUCAUCAAGCAGAAAACAAAGAAUAUGGCAAAAAUUAACAUUAACUAAAUACUAUGCAUAUUAUCUUGGGCCAGGAAUGUGUCAUCACCUUGGGAUGAAUAUCUACUAUAUUUUUCAUCUCUAUAUGAUCUUACUUUAUCCAAUUAAGUUAUGCAGUUUACAUAUCCAUAUGUAAUUCCUGGCAAAUAUGAAAGAGAUAAUCACGUUUUAAUGACAAAUCUUAGCAAGACACUGGAGAAGAUUAUCUGUUGACAUCAUAUCUCCCAAUGUCAUCCCUGAAUUGCUGCUUGUCUGUUUACAUUGUGCUUUCCUUUGUCUUCUUUGGAAAUACAACUCAUACUCUUACACCUUAGCUCUUUUUCCUGAUGUAUUCAUGCAGUCAACUACAGCACAUGUUUUAUAACCACUACACACUCGUAUCUCUUGGCUUGGAUUUGUUGGGUAUUUUGGAAAAGUCAGCGUUUCUGGUUUCUGAUAACACCCAAACCUUUCAUCUUUGUGUAGUUCCAGCUGUGAGAAUAUCGUGUCAGCACAAAUAAUACAUGCUCGAUUGUAUUGGGGAUUGGUAGAUAAAAUAUUAGUCCUUUUAGAAUCCAGUGAAAAAUAUUUCAAACUAAAUAUGUAACAGGAGAUUAGAAAUAACUUUGAAAACACUGAGAGCCUAGUUAUGGGUAUUUAGCUUAUGAUAAUGCUCUGUAGAGAUCUGAUGGAUAGUGUUAGCAGAAAACACUUAGGAUCAAUGUUUGCAGGAUUUAAGAUGUAUCAUGAGAAGUGAUUUAGAAUUUGCUUCUCCAGAGAACUGUGUGUAGAGUGUUGACUGCACCCUACAUGAAAAACAACUGGCAAUCACUGGCAACUCAGCCCAUAGUGAGUGCCCCAAUCUGUCUUCAUUCUCUGGACAUAACAUGGUGCCUUGCAGGUUAUAAACUUUUCAUUUAGCUCUGCAAAUGAAGGAUAAAUCAUUCUAAGCAAAGAAAAUGGCAUUUCAUUUGUUUUUUUAUUUAUGAUUUUGAAGGAAAGUGCCUUGGUGGUUAGAAUAUAGUGAGAUGGAGGCACAAUGAUUGUUUUUUCUACAUAGAUGCACUGAUUUUAAUUAUAUGUCAUGUGAUACUUUUUGGAAAGGCAUAAUUCUGCAAAUUAGUAUUUUUUUUAGCCUGAAGUCAAGUGAAGUUGUAUUUACUACAAACAAAAUAUUACCUGCUGCUAAUACAUAAAACAAUUGUAGUUUGUGAACCAUUGAUGAAAUAUACUUAAGUGUUUGAUUCUCAUCAGUGUAGAAGAAACAAAUGUACAUAAUUCUCUCUCUCUCUCUCUCUCUCUCUCUCUCUCUCUCUCUCUCUCUCUCUCUCUCUCUCUCUCUCUCUCUCUCUCUCUCUCUCUCUCAUAUAUUGCUAGAAUGAUGUGGUCUUUUGUUUUAGGAGUUAAAUGAAAAAAAUAUGGGACACCCAGUUUACAUUUAAAGUGUUACAUGUAUGUGAAUACUGUAGCAUGCUGUGGGUGUAAGUUGUGGUGUACUCAUCUAUACUAAACUGAGACAAGGUACAAAUGCCAUGCCACCUCAGUGUUGCAGUGUAGAAAAGGUUGAGAAUUAUUAGCCUUGGCAGUUUUCUUUUGACAAUAGUAACAGGAACUACAAUGUUGGACUCAUCAGAUUUUUUUUAAAAAAGCUAGAUUCCUACCAGGAAACUUUAAAAUUUGUUACUACUGCACUAUACCUCUUAAGCAUAUUGAAGUAAAAUUGGUUGAGGAAUCAAUGGGAAUGACUUCAAGGAUCAAAAUGUAAAUUGGCGACUUGUUGUAGUACAGUGAAGUUUCAGAUUAUAUUAGUAUUUUAAUGUGUAUUAUUUUGUUGUAAAGUAUGUAAUGGUAGCAUAUAAUUUGUUUGAAAGUAUAUGGCAUACCAAUGUCUGUUGCCAAAAUUAUCUUCAGGGAUUUCAUCAGAGAGCAUAAAUACCUACCAAUCUUGUUAGAAAUUGUCACAAAUUUAUAAUAAUAACCUUGCUUUCUGAUGAAAGUUGGAAGCCUAAUUUUAGGUGAAACUAUUUUUGUCAGAAUUUUAUAGAAGCUAUAACAUGCAAUAUAAUGAGUAUUUUUCUCUAUAUUUAUUUUCAAUGAAUGAAAUAUACACCUGCAAUAUUGUCAAUGGGAAAGCAUCAUUGUAAUAAAGUUCCUAUUUUAAGUAAUAUUUGAAUAACAUUAGUUCAAGAAGUACUUUCUUUUAACAAACAGUUACAGUGUGUUAAUUUUAUGAAUUUUGGAUAAUGUAAAUAUCGUGUUAUUGCUUCAACACUGUACUGCAAUUUUGCUCUUUGUUUUAUUAUUUUCUUAAUUUUGUUUAUUUUAUUUUCUGUAUAUUUUAUGAAUUAUUAUUAUUUCCUUUUAAUUUUUGGUCAACUUUCUUGUGUUACACUGUGCAGUGCCUCUGUAGACUGCAGAAACAAGAGCAGGCAGCAUUAUUUUAUACUCUGUAGUGCUUCUAAAACUGGAGGAGCAAGAAAUGGCAGCAUUAAUUUGAUCCCUUUUCAGUAUUUUUCAAUACAUACCAUAUAGCUGUGGAAAAGAGGAACUCAUUAGAAUGGAGAGUGAGAUAUGCUAGUAAAAGGGUAUGUAAUGAAGAAUUUUACAAUUCUCUCUCUCUCUCUCUCUCUCUCUCUCUCUCUCUCUCUCUCUCUCUCUCUCUCUCUCUCUCUCUCUCUCUCUCUCUCUCUCUCUCUCUCUC